AUGGCGUCCAAAGUAACUGAUGCUAUAGUUUGGUACCAGAAAAAGAUUGGAGCGUAUGAUCAACAAAUAUGGGAAAAAUCAGUAGAGCAAAGAGAAAUAAAGUUUAUUAGACUGGGUUUGAGAAACAAACCAAAGAAAACAGGACAUGUGAAACCAGACCUCAUAGAUGUUGAUCUUGUAAGAGGAUCUGCUUUUGCUAAAGCAAAACCUGAAAGUCCUUGGACAUCUUUGACCCGCAAAGGAAUCGUGAGAGUUGUUUUCUUUCCAUUCUUCUACAGGUGGUGGCUACAAGUGACAUCAAGGGUCAUUUUUUUCUGGCUGCUUGUUCUUUACCUUCUCCAAGUUGCUGCUGUAGUGCUAUUCUAUUCAGCCCAAAGCCCACAUAAUAUACCUCUGACUGAAGUCAUUGGGCCAAUAUGGCUCAUGUUGCUGCUUGGGACUGUGCACUGUCAGAUUGUUUCAACACGAACUCCUAAGCCAUCUCCCAGCACAGGGGGUAAAAGAAGAAGGAAAUUAAGGAAAGCAGCACAUUUGGAAGUACAUAGGGAAGGAGAUGGCUCUAGUACCACAGAUAACACACAGGAGGGAACAGUGCAGAGCUACGGUACAAGCACCUCUUGCAGUAUUGGAGCUGUCUUCAGAGAUAUCUGGCAUGCUGCUUUCUUUUUAUCAGGAUCAAAGAAAGCAAAAAACUCAAUAGAUAAAUCCACUGAAACUGAUAAUGGCUACGUGUCCCUUGAUGGGAAAAAGCCAGGUAAAGGCAGUGAAGAAUGUGUGCAGGGCCAUGAACGGCGGUGUGAAGUGAUCAGGCCAGAAGAGACAGGGUGGAACCCUUCCACAGGGAGAGAUGCCUUGGGCAACCACAGUCACCACAAAGAUGCUCACAGGACUGUGACAAAUUUAUCAGAUGAAGUUUCUAGUGAGGAAGGGCCUGAAACUGGCUAUUCUUUACGCCGUAAUGUGGAGCGCACUUCUAGCGAUUGUACGCUUCGAAACAGGAAAUCUCACCAUUAUAAAAAACACUACCCUCUGGAGGACACACCUAAAUCAGGUACUAGCUGCAGUUCUCGGUGCUCAAGCUCCAGACAGGACUCUGAGAGUGCAAGGCCAGAGUCAGAAACAGAAGAUGUGCUGUGGGAGGACCUCUUGCACUGUGCUGAGUGCCACUCGUCCUGUACCAGCGAGACAGAUGUGGAAAGCCCCCAAGUGAAUCCGUGUGUGAAGAAGGAAUUCAGAGAUGACCCAUUUCAUCAGAGUCAUUUGCCUUGGAUCCACAGUUUGAAUCCAGGACUAGAAAAAAUAAGUGCAAUUGUAUGGGAGGGUAAUGACUGCAAGAAAGCAGAUAUGUCUGUACUUGAAAUCAGUGGUAUGAUAAUGAACAGAGUGAACAGCUAUAUACCAGGAAUUGGCUAUCAGAUUUUUGGGAAUGUCAUAUCUUUAAUCUUGGGUUUAAUGCCCUUUGUUUUUCGACUUUCCCAAGCUAAAGAUUUAGAACAACUGGCUGCACAUUCUGCCACUGAGCUUUGCAUGACUGCAUUUGGAUCGAAUGGAGAUGUUCUGGUUCUCUCAAUGGUUAUUAUAAUUUUCCUGGUCCGGGUGUCUCUAGUUUGGAUUUUCUUUUUUCUGCUCUGUGUAGCAGAGAGAACAUAUAAACAGAGGCUACUUUUUGCCAAACUUUUUGGCCAUCUAACAUCUGCCAGAAGGGCAAGAAAAUCGGAGGUGCCUCACUUCCGCUUGAAGAAAGUGCAGAAUAUAAAAAUGUGGCUUUCUCUCAGGUCCUAUCUAAAGCGUCGAGGUCCUCAGCGCUCAGUGGAUGUCAUAGUUUCAUCUGCCUUCCUACUGACUAUCUCAGUUGUGUUUAUCUGUUGUGCCCAGCUACUUCACAUGCAUGAGAUUUUCCUUGAUUGUCACUACAACUGGGAACUCAUAAUUUGGUGCAUUUCUCUAACUCUUUUCCUCUUAAGAUUUGUUACUCUUGGAUCUGAAACAAGUAAAAAGUACAGCAAUACCUCAAUAUUACUUACUGAGCAGAUAAACUUGUACUUGAAAAUGGAGAAAAAGCCUAAUAAGAAGGAGGAACUGACACUAGUGAACAAUGUUUUAAAGCUUGCUACUAAGUUAUUGAAGGAGCUGGACAGUCCGUUUAGGUUAUAUGGGCUUACAAUGAAUCCACUGCUUUAUAACAUCACCCAAGUUGUCAUCCUGUCAGCUGUUUCUGGUGUCAUCAGUGACUUGCUUGGAUUUAAUCUAAAGCUCUGGAAGAUCAAAUCUUGACAGUAUAGAAAGAAGAUGAAAUAACACAGUGUUACAGAAAAGGUCAUUGAUGGACAAAACUGCCUCAGAGCAGCCACUGAAUCUGUAUUUCAGAAGCUACAACCUCUUCAAGGAAGUAAUUUGGAAAACGGAAGUGUUUACAUCUGUCUUGUGCAAUCUUUGUAUUUAUUUCAUCUUCUCACUGGUUUGUGUUCGUUUUAGUUGACAUUUAUGUUUUAUUUUUGAAAUUAC